UGCUGCUUGUUCAUAUGAUUUAAUCAAUCAGGUGUCUAGAGAAAGUUCCCCAUAGCAUGUAUGGAACCUCCGACAGUAUUGGCUAGUUUGUUAUGAAAAAUGUGGAGUGAUAAUUAUUAUGAUCUAUGCGCUAACGAGGAAUUCGGUUUCAGGCUUAGUCCAGAUACUAUGCAGCAAGGAUCAGGAUCGACAACGCCUACAGCGGCACCGGCAAGUGUGCCCCCAGCACCGGCAUCAAUCGACAAUAUGGACGAUCCACCGCCAAGGAACGAACCCCAGGUUGAGCCGGUGAAUGGAAUUGUGCAGCCGCCCGUAAUGCCACCACCGGAGCGUCCGGGAAGGUUAACUAAUCAGCUUCAUUUCCUACUCCGCACCGUCAUGAAGGCGGUAUGGAAGCAUCAGUUCAGCUGGCCAUUCCAGCAACCGGUCGAUGCGAAGAAGCUCAAUCUGCCCGACUACCAUAAGAUCAUCAAGCAACCGAUGGACCUGGGAACGAUAAAGAAGCGGCUGGAAAACAAUUACUACUGGACUAGCAAAGAAUGCAUACAGGACUUCAAUACAAUGUUCACAAACUGUUACGUGUAUAACAAACCGGGCGAGGAUGUGGUCGUAAUGGCGCAGACGCUAGAGAAGCUUUUUCUAACGAAGGUGUCCCUCAUGCCCAAAGAUGAAACGGAGAUGGAAGUACAGCAGCCGAAGGGGGGCAAAAAGAAACCGCGCUCGUUGGCACCGCCGGGCACGUUGGUUGGUAACACGUCCGUAACGGGGGCGGCAGCUGCGGCUGGUGUAGCGCCGAAUGCGGCGAUUGUUGCUGGUGCGAAUGCAGUGGCAGCGGCGGCAGCGGCCGCCGUUGCGAGAGCCCGCCCCAGUUCGGCCCUCGGUGCUGCCGUGUCGUCCAGCGUUCCUCCUCUUAGCGCGAUGCCACCUGGGGUGGUGGGUGGUACUGCUGCGGCGGCAGCGACGAUCGUACCGAGUGUGCCACCGAUCGGUACCCUACCGCCCCAGACCGUGCCUGGUAGCACAAACACCACAACGACGGCAGGACCCAACUCGGCCGUAGCGGCAUUGACGGCGGCUGCGGCGGCUGCUGCCGCAGCCGGAGGCACUUCGCUCAAUCCCAUGGGCAAUCCGAUUGGCGCAGCAGUAGUCAAUAAACCGAGCGUGCCAGCCAACCCGCCGUACAUGGUAAACAGUUCGCAGGCCGGUAUGGAAACGGUCUUACCUCCGCAGCAGCCAGCCAAGGUUAAAAAGGGUGUUAAGAGAAAGGCAGAUACAACCACACCGACUGCGACCGUAUUCGAUCCACACUAUGGUACCCCUAUGGACUCGAACGCCGCCAAAAUUGCCACCAGAAGGGAAUCUGGUCGACAGGACAUCGUACCCUAUCAAACCUCAGCCUACCCCAUGUCACCGAUGGCGCACCAAGGGUCGACGUCGUCACAAUAUCCGCCGAAGAAUAAGGAGAAGUUGUCCGACGCUCUAAAGUCAUGCAAUGAAAUUCUGAAGGAACUCUUCUCUAAAAAGCAUUCGGGGUAUGCCUGGCCAUUCUAUAAACCUGUCGACGCGGAGCUGCUCGGUUUGCACGACUAUCACGACAUAAUCAAAAAGCCGAUGGACCUCGGCACGGUGAAGCGGAAAAUGGACAACCGAGAGUACAAGUCGGCGCCAGAGUUCGCGGCGGACGUUAGGUUAAUAUUCACCAAUUGUUACAAGUAUAACCCGCCAGAUCACGAUGUUGUUGCCAUGGGCCGGAAGCUGCAGGAUGUGUUCGAGAUGCGGCUAGCGAACAUACCGGACGAACCGGUAAACAAUGUAGCGCCGCACCAUCCGUGCAAGGAGAGCGAACCAUCGACCUCGAACGAUUCGAACGAUAGCGAGGAAGAGAGUGAGUCGGAUGAGGAGUGUGCUCAGAAGCUGAAGGUACUCGAAAAGCAGCUGUUUGAGAUGCAGGAACGGAUGCGUAAGCUCACCGAGGAGGCACUACAGAAAAAGAAACAGAAGAAAAAAUCGAAGGACAAGAAAAAGCCUUCAGUGGCAGGACCGGGGGGUAGUUCUGGCAGUGGUGCAAGUGAUAUUAAGGGGAUUAUGGAUCCACACGCCGGACUGGGUAUGCCGCACGGUCCAGGCAAAGCGAUGCACCAGAUGGCAGGUGCAAUGGGUCAACCAUCGAUGGGUGGUCCAGGGGCAGCUCCGGUGAUGCCGGCUCCAGGGACUAAGGCAAAGGCCAAGGGCCAGAGGGCACCUAAAGCGGGCGGAGUUGCAGGUGGCGGUGCUGCAGCUAACGCACCGGCGAAACGCGCUAAAAAUGCGGGUGCCGCUGGAACCAGUGCUCCCCGGGCGCCAAAUAAGAAGAAAGCAUCGCAGAAUGUGUCAAACUUCGAUUCGGAGGAGGAAGACACGGCCAAACCGAUGUCGUACGACGAAAAAAGACAGCUUUCGUUGGACAUUAACAAGCUACCGGGCGAUAAGCUGGGAAGAGUUGUACAUAUAAUUCAAAGCCGAGAACCAUCAUUACGCGAUUCCAAUCCGGACGAGAUCGAAAUCGAUUUCGAAACGCUGAAGCCAUCAACGCUACGAGAGCUGGAAAGCUACGUAGCUUCCUGCCUGCGCAAGAAAACUCGUAAGCCUUACUACAAAAAAGUAUCUGGUAAAUCCAAGGAGGAACAAAUGACAGAGAAGAAGCAAGAGCUGGAGAAACGACUCCAGGAUGUGACCGGUCAGCUCGGCACGGGGAAGAAGAACGCGAAGAAGGACGAAGCCAACAAACAGGACGUUGCUCCUUCCGGAGGCAAUAUGUCCUCCAGCAGUAGCUCCAGUGAUUCCUCGUCGUCGACUUCAAGCGAUUCCAGUUCUAGUGAUUCCAGCGACAGUGAAGCAGAAGCUGGAGGGCGUCCGCCGCGUAAGAAAAAGAAGGAUUCCUCAUCUCCAAUGCGCACCGCGGCUGGAAACAACGCAGCUAGCGCGUCCUCUGCUCCAGCCAACGCAUCAACACUGUCGGCAAUGGCAGCGGUACCGCCGAUGCUACCGAGUGCUGGAGCCAUCAGUAACACAAACACAACCACCACCUCCAACACCACCACUACUACCACGAACAACAAUUCCAAUACCAUCACACCACUCCCGAACGCCGCCGCUCAGCAGCAGCCUCCGCAACAUCAACAUCCUGCCGGCAGUGUCCUAAACCAAACGUCGUCAAACGCUGUCCAGCAUCACCCACAAAUACACCAUUCGCAGCAGCAACAGCAACGACAACCGUCAUUAAAUCAACCGCCUGUCACACCGCUACCACUAUCCUCCCAUGGCACGUCCACGCUGGUAUCAUCAACUUCCUCCAGUACCACCUCGUCCUCCUCCUCCUCCUCCUCCUCUUCCUCCUCCUCGUCAUCCUCUAUCUCCACAUCAUCAUCGUCUGGGGUAGUGUCCGUGUCGAGCAUGAACGUUACGGGUGCCAUUAGUGCCGGUAGCGGCACCAUGAAUGCCACUAACAAUCCUCCAUCGAGUAUCGCGGCUAACAACAAUGGUUCGGUGGCCGUCUCGUCCAGUUACGUUGGUGGAAGUACUGCCGGUAUGAUUGGCCUUUCGCAAACGUCAAUAGCGAAUGACUCUGUGCCGGGACUGUUGCAGAUGCCUGCCUUGUCGCAACAGCAUACUAUGACCAGUUCCGCACCCGCCAGCUCACUCGCACUAGCGAUGAUGACCGCCGGCGGUGGUGGUGGGGCUGUAAAUAGUAGUAACAUCGGCAACAAUGGCGGUGGUGUUAGCGGCGGCGUCGGAAGCAAUAACAGCGGCAAUUCCAACCCGAUCGGUAGUAGUAACAGCAACCAAAUCUCUCUACCACCUCCCAUACCAUCACCAAACACCACCACCACUACUACCAGCACGAUGCUACUUGUGAAUAAUAAUGCUUUGACCACCACAACCACCAGUACUAGCAAUAAUCAGGGCGGCAGUGCUAUCUUGAAUAAUUCCAUCAAUGUUACGCAGCACCAGCAAGGACCAGGAGGUCUCAGCACUAAUGGGCUCACAAGCAACCCGGUGUCGUCGGCUCAUGCGCCAUUGUCGUCCGGCAGUAGCAUCAAUAGCAGCAGCGGCAACAUCAUUGGUAACACGAACGGUAACGAUGGUGCGUUGAACACGAGCAAUGGUCUGAUUAACAGUAUGCUCGGACUACCGGCAUCGUCCCAGCUUGCAACGAGUCUGGCUGCAAUGACAAACCUGGCCAGUAUGGCUGGCGGUUUGCCUCAAUCUCUGCAGAUGACUCAGAAUCAGUCGGUGGGUAAAUCGCAACUACACGGCAACCAGUCGCAACAGCAGCAGCAGCAGCAGCAACUGCAACACGCACAACAGCAGCUUAACCAACAGUUCCGUAUCGGUGGUGGUGCCGGUAAUGGGCAUCACGGUGGUGGUGGUCUCCCUUCUGGCUUCAUCGAUCCGCUAGAGCAUACGCUCAAUUCGUUUGAGCAAUCCAUCAAGGCAGAACCGCUUGGGCUAAAUCUGCUAAACGAUAUGCCGGCGGCACUAAAGCAAGACAUUACGACCAGCAUGCUAACGGCCAACAUGGACCUGUGCAUGGCACACCUACAGAACCAGCUACAUUCGGGCAACAAUGGUUUCAGUGUAGGUGAGUUCAAUGGCAAUGGACCGCUGAACGGUGGUACGGCCGGAGCGAUGGGUCUCGGUAGCGGAAUGGGUCAGAUGGUAAUGAACAGCAUGGCAUCGACGGCUGCGGCAGCCGCUGCUGCCAACAGUGCCCUGAUGGGAGGAGGUAUGCCCUCGAUCUUCGAUCCAAUACAGAGCUUUAUUCGUUCCGGUGGAGCAGGACCAGGCGCGUACCAUCAACCGAAUGCACCUGGAAUGGGUGGUAUGGUACCGGGAGCAACCAACAACAAUAGCAAUAGUGCUGGGCUGAACAGUGGGAACGGUGGCGGUCCUGUUGCUUCCGCCGGUGGUCCAAUGCACGAUCGAUCGAUCGAUCUCACUCAGGCGAGCAGUGCCGUUGUGAACAACAAUUCGCUCGUUGGUGGAGGAACAACUGGUGCUGCGGCGGCUGGUCUAAUACCAUCCGGCAACAAUGGUGGUAAUUUGAUGGCAAUUAAAAAGGAAGAACCCGGCAGUGGUGGUGGUGGUGGUGGCAAGUUCAUGCUAACACCGAAACCGAUCGAAGAUUUGCUGAUGAACCCGAACGAGAAGAAGAUGAGCAGUACACCGCCGCCGGCUGAUGUGAAGGGAAACAUUGCGAACUCGUUCAACAAGGGUGGUGGUCAAGAUCCGAAGAGCGUUUGGUCUUCGCUGGCCGCGGCCGUUUCGCCCCAAAAUACGCCCACAUCGAACAAACCGAAACCGGCGAUGGACUCGUUCCAGGCGUUCCGCAACAAGGCAAAGGAAAAGUUUGAUCGUAUGCAGCAGCAGGAACUGAAACGGUCCCAGAAGGAGCAGGCGGAAAAGGAAUUGAGGCGCCAGCAGGAGCAGCAAAAGAUAAAGCAGGAAGAGAUCAAUAAUGGACGAAAAUUGCCAAUAGAACCUGUUCAGCCGCGCGUCGUCGAAGAGAUCAAAACAUCCCCUCAAGGUAGUCCUUCACCGGGCACACCUACCACGCCACACGCGAUCGAUCGUUCGGCAGCCAAACGGGCGGAAUUGCGUCGCCUAGAACAGGAACGACGAAGGAGAGAAGCGAUGGCCGGUCAGAUCGACAUGAACAUGCAAAGUGAUUUGAUGGCCGCGUUUGAAGAGUCUCUAUAGAAAGCGUC